AUGCCGGUAAGACGCGGACACGUCGCGCUCCAGAACACCUACCUGGACACGAUCAUCAGGAAAUUCGACGAGCAAAAUCGCAGGUUUCUGAUCGCCAACGCCCAGAUGAAGAACUGUGGGAUCAUCUACUGCAACGAGGGCUUCUGCCAGAUGUUCGGCUUCACCAGAGCAGAGAUCAUGCAGCAGCCCUGCACCUGCCCCUUCCUGGUCGGUCCCGGCACCAAGAAGAACGCCCUGGCCCAGCUGGCCCAGGCUCUGCUCGGGGCCGAGGAGCGUAAGGUGGAGAUCCUCUUCUACUCCAAAGAAGGGAUCUGCCUCCCAUGCCGAGUGGACGUGGUGCCGGUCAAAAACGAAGAAGGCCUCGUCAUCAUGUUCAUCCUGGACUUCCAGGAGCUCAUCGAUCCGUCACUGAAGAAGUCCGCCUUCAGGCAGAGGGUCGCCCAAGGAUGGCUUUACUGUCAGAACCGCAGGCUGAAGAUGAGGCUGCCGGUCCUCCACUCGCUGAGACGUCCUUCGCUCUCCAAAGAUCAGUGUGAAGGGGUGGUGGUGGACUACCUGCAGCCAAACAGUGAGGAGGUUCCUCUGAAAGAGUUUCGGAUCCCCUCCAAGGAGAGCUGCAUGCAGUCUGAGACCGAGGCUCUGAUUGAGCAGGACCUGGACCCCCCCUCCCCGGUGGCCCCGUCCUUCACCAAACGGCGCUCCCUGCUGACGGACCGGUUGGACCCCAGCAUCGCCUUUACCCGGGGGUCCAUACCUCGGAGCUGCUCCAGGGAGAGCGUCCGCAGCCUGAGGCGCGCCUCGUCUCUGGACGACAUCGAUGGGAUGAGGGCGGACUGGAAUAGCCAACCAGGAGACCCCAGUGAGUGUCCCAAUCUGAAGUCCAGCGCUCUGAGCUCCACCUCGGACUCGGACCUGGUGAGGCACAGGACCGUCAGCCGCAUCCCUCAGGUCACCCUGACGUUCGGGUCGGACCGGCUGAGGCCUCCUUCACCCUCAGAGAUCGAAAUCAUCGCGCCGAGCAAAAUGAAAGACCGCACCCAGAACGUCACGGAGAAGGUCACUCAGGUCACACAGGUGCUGUCUCUUGGUGCGGACGUGCUGCCAGAAUACAAACUCCAGGCUCCACGGAUCCACAAGUGGACCAUCCUUCACUACAGCCCCUUCAAAGCGGUGUGGGACUGGGUCAUCCUGCUGCUGGUCAUAUACACGGCCAUCUUCACGCCGUACUCCGCCGCCUUCCUCCUCAACGAGGCCGAAGACGAGCACAGCUCCUGCGGCUACACCUGCAACCCUCUUAACGUGGUGGACCUGGUGGUGGACGUCAUGUUCAUCGUGGACAUCCUCAUCAACUUCAGAACCACCUACGUCAACCACAACGAGGAGGUGGUCAGCCACCCGGGUCACAUCGCUCAGCACUAUUUCAAAGGCUGGUUCCUUAUUGACAUAGUUGCUGCCGUCCCAUUCGAUCUGCUCAUAUACCGCUCCGGGUCACAGGAGACGGAGCCUCAGACUCAGACGACUCUGAUCGGGUUACUGAAGACAGCCAGACUGCUGAGGUUGGUGCGAGUCGCCAGAAAGUUGGAUCGUUACUCUGAAUAUGGAGCUGCCGUCCUUUUCCUCCUCAUGUGCACGUUUGCCCUCAUCGCCCACUGGCUGGCAUGUAUAUGGUACGCCAUCGGGAACAUGGAGCGCACCGGGUCAGAGCGCCUGGGCGGCAUGAAGAUCGGCUGGCUCGACAACCUGGCCGACCAGAUCGGGAAACAUUACAACAGCAGCGACAGAAGCUCGGGCCCCUCCAUUAAGGACAAGUACGUCACCGCUCUGUACUUCACCUUCAGCAGCCUGACCAGCGUGGGCUUUGGCAACGUCUCGCCCAACACCAACCCAGAGAAGAUUUUCUCCAUCUGUGUUAUGCUCAUUGGCUCUUUGAUGUACGCCAGCAUCUUUGGGAACGUGUCUGCCAUCAUUCAGAGGUUGUACUCCGGCACCGCCCGCUACCACACUCAGAUGCUGCGGGUCAAAGAGUUCAUCCGCUUCCACCAGAUCCCAGGAGGCCUGAGGCAAAGACUGGAGGAGUACUUCCAGCACGCCUGGUCCUACACCAACGGCAUCGACAUGAACGCUGUUUUAAAAGGCUUCCCCGACUGUCUGCAAGCCGACAUCUGCCUUCAUCUGCACCGCAGCUUGUUGCAGAACUGCAAAGCUUUCCGAGGCGCCAACAAAGGCUGCCUGCGAGCGCUGGCCAUGAGGUUUAAGACCACCCACGCUCCGCCGGGGGACACUCUCGUCCACAGCGGAGACAUUCUCACCGCCCUCUACUUCAUUUCCAGAGGGUCCAUAGAGAUUUUAAGGGAUGACGUGGUGGUGGCCAUACUGGGAAAGAACGACAUCUUCGGGGAACCUAACGGCCUGUACGUGAGGCCGGGGAAAUCUAGCGCCGACGUCAGAGCUCUGACUUACUGUGACCUCCACAAGAUCCUGCGGGACGACCUGCUGGAGGUCCUCGACAUGUAUCCCGACUUCGCAGACUUGUUCUGGAGCAACUUGGAGAUUACCUUCAAUUUGAGAGAUGCAGAUAGAAUAAACCAGACAACCCCAAGCAGGAACUCUGAAUGUGGCUGCCGUCCGACAAGGCAUCGCAGAGGCUCCCUGCGUCGUCGGAACAGACCAGACGGAAUGGAUCACGAGGAUUCUUACCCUGACCGGUCCUGUUCGAUGGCCAACCAUCACCGAAGCGCCGGGGCAGGAUCCCACUGGGAGGAUCUCUGCAGCAGUUGUUCUCAGUCCAGCGAUGAGGAACUCAAACCUGUGCAGCACAACAAGAAAGAGCUGUACGUUCAUGGAGGCGACAGCAGAGACUACCAGCCUGCGGUGGUCAGCCUCCCGCCUCACAGCGGACCCUCAGCCGGAGUGGGACAGUCUGUAGAGCUUGGGGGUCCUCCAUAUUCAGCAGCGGCUCCUCUCAGCAUGCCGGGCCUGUACAGCUACUGGACGGACCGCAGGUCCAGUCAGCUGUCGGACAACCAGAGACAAACGUCCACAGCGAGGACGAGCUUUCAGCCUCAUGUGUUCGCUGAGGACCGGCCCAGAGAAUUAGAAUCUAGACUAGAGCUCCUGCAGUCACAACUGAACAGGCUGGAGACCCGCAUGACCGCAGACAUCAAUGUGAUCCUGCAGCUGCUCCAGAGGCAAAUGGCCCCGGUUCCUCCAGCCUACAGCUCUCUGUCCCCCAGCCUGCCUCACCCCACCUCACUGUACAGCACAGGAGCCCCCACGAUCCACACCGUCCCCCCAGUCCAGCCGCUACAGACCGACGGCUCUGCCUCACUGCUACUGAGUCCAGACUCUGAUUUUCGGCACAAGUCCAAAGACUCCCUGUCCAGCGGUGUCCAGCUGACAGAUGACACCAUGUCUCCAGAGGUGGACCGUCCCCAUCCGAUCUCUGCGGACGUCCCUUCCCCUCAGCUGCUGUCCCCUAAUGCUGAAGAACCUCCUGGACUGCUAAGUGGGAGCCAGCGCUUCCCCUCCCUCCCUGACCAUCUGGAGACCUCCACAGACCUGCAGGAGAUCCAAAGGCACGUCUCUGACCCCAUCCUGCCCAGCAGCUAG